AUGCUAGCGUUUCUCGUGACUCUGCUUCUCCUCCUACAACUGGCCUUUGCCGAACCCAACAUGGAGGAGUUGGAGGGUACUUGGGUGUCUAAGUCCAACACGGUCUUCACAGGUCCUGGUUACUACGACCCUGUGGAUGAGCUUUUGAUUGAGCCUGCUUUGCCAGGCAUCUCCUACUCCUUCACCAAGGACGGCCACUACGAGGAGGCCCUCUACAGAAUCACAUCGAACCCCAGAAACCACUCUUGCGCUAUUGCCAGUAUGACGUUCCAGCACGGUUCGUACGAGAUUUUGAGUAACGGUUCCGUGAUUCUCACGCCUAUCGCUGUUGACGGUAGACAGCUCUUGAGUGACCCUUGCGGCUACAAGUCCGACGAGGCAAAGUACGUCAGAUACGAGCAGAAGACAAUGUUCGAGAAGUUCCAGGUCUCCAUUUCUGACUACCACGGCAGAUACAUGUUGCAAAUCUACCAGUUCGAUGGAUCUCCUAUGCAGCCCUUGUACUUGGCCUACAAGCCACCUAUGAUGUUGCCCACCGGUGCUUUGAACCCUACUGACAACUCUGAGCCCACCAAGGCCUCCGCGCGUAAGCGUGUCAGAAGAUCGCUUGAAAACCAGUACAGAACCAACGCUGUACGUGAAACCAGCCCCUUCUUUGAAAAGUUCUACUGGGUCGGCGUCGUUGUGUUGGGUGCUGGCUCUGCCGCCAUGUUGCUCCGCUAG